AUGGCCGAGGCCAAAGCCUUUAAAGAACGAUUCUUUAUUCCGGCCAAAAUAGGGUUAAGCAUGCAGGCCAGCGGCAUGACCACGGUCAGCUUUGCCGACCAGAAAACCAAUCCCAAUAUCAAUACGAUGGGGAUAGAUGAUGCUUACUUCAACAUCUCUAAUACGAAGAUGGAAACCGGGCGUACAUUCUCCCCUUAUGAGCUGCAAUCCGGCAGUUACGUCUGUGUGCUCGGCCGCGGCAUUGCCACCCGUUUGUUUAAAACAAAAUGGGCAGAUGCUAUUGGCAAAACCGUUACGGCGGGGACGGCCAAAUUCCGG